UGAGAGAUGAGAAAACUGUGAUACAAGAACUUCCCAUUACGCGGUCUCUGUGAUUCUCUCUCUCAAUUAUUUACGGUGAUAAAAACCUUUGAAAUAAAUGAGUGGCCUUGUUUCCUUUGCUCUGUCCCAAGGUGCUAUAUAUAGCAGAGCGUUACAGGCUCAGAGCCCAUACCCAUUCAUCCAUCUCCUCUGAACCCACUUUGCCUCUCAUUCUCUUCUUCUUAGCUUCUCAAGUUUCAAAGGACCAAACUUUGCUCUUUUAAGAAUGGGGAGUACUGGUGGACAUGACUACGGUGCAUACACCUAUGAGAACCUCGAGAGGGAACCUUAUUGGCCUUCAGAAAAGCUUCGAAUUUCCAUUACUGGGGCAGGUGGCUUUAUCGCCUCACACAUUGCUCGGAGAUUGAAGAAUGAGGGCCAUUACAUUAUUGCUUCUGAUUGGAAGAAGAACGAGCACAUGACUGAGGACAUGUUCUGUCAUGAAUUCCAUCUCGUUGACCUUAGGGUCAUGGAUAAUUGCUUGAAGGUUACCAAGAAUGUUGACCAUGUGUUCAAUCUCGCUGCCGAUAUGGGUGGGAUGGGCUUCAUCCAGUCCAACCAUUCUGUCAUUUUUUACAAUAAUACUAUGAUUAGCUUCAACAUGGUGGAAGCUGGUAGAAUCAAUGGAGUUAAGAGGUUUUUCUAUGCUUCUAGUGCUUGCAUUUACCCUGAGUUUAAGCAGCUGGAAACCAAUGUGAGCUUGAAGGAGUCUGAUGCAUGGCCUGCAGAGCCUCAAGAUGCCUAUGGCUUAGAGAAGCUCGCAACCGAGGAGUUGUGCAAGCACUACACAAAAGACUUUGGAAUUGAGUGUCGUAUUGGAAGGUUCCAUAACAUUUAUGGUCCUUUUGGAACCUGGAAAGGUGGGAGGGAGAAGGCUCCUGCUGCUUUUUGCAGAAAGACUCUCACUUCCACUGAUAAGUUUGAGAUGUGGGGAGAUGGACUUCAGACUCGAUCCUUCACCUUCAUUGAUGAAUGUGUAGAAGGUGUACUUCGGUUGACAAAGUCAGACUUCCGUGAGCCAGUGAAUAUUGGAAGUGACGAGAUGGUCAGCAUGAAUGAGAUGGCGGAGAUAGUUCUUAGCUUUGAGGACAAGAAACUGCCUAUCCAGCACAUUCCUGGGCCAGAGGGUGUUCGUGGUCGUAACUCAGACAACACACUGAUUAAAGAGAAACUUGGCUGGGCUCCCACCAUGAGGUUGAAGGAUGGGCUGAGAAUUACAUACUUCUGGAUAAAGGAACAGAUUGAGAAAGAAAAGGCACAAGGUACUGACCUGUCGAUUUAUGGGUCAUCUAAGGUGGUGGGAACCCAAGCCCCAGUUCAACUUGGUUCGCUUCGUGCUGCUGAUGGCAAAGAAUGAAGUGUUUGAAGACAGAGAGGUCUGGUAAAGCCAGUAUUUAGUAGAUCUGGUUAUGGUAUUGUGGCGCAUAGUAAUGUAUCUAUGUGCAUGGACAAUAAGCAGGGAAGCUUUAAUUCCCCCUUGUAUAUCUAGCCUGUUAGAGUAAUUUGCUGCCUCAGAAUAUUCCCUUUAAGUUAUAUUUUGUUUCCCCAUCUGAAGCA